AUGAACUCAGAACGAGAGAGAGAGAGUCGCCAACACGGAAUGGUUCAGUACAGGGUUCUACCCGCCCUAUUGAACCCGAGGCCAGAGACUCGACAUGUCAACGAGUUCGACUCAGUCCCCACGGCCGGGUUGUUCACCAGAGUGUCCAGAAGGCCUAACAACCACUCCAAGUACACGAGCAAGUGCAUCCACUCCAAGCCUAGGUGCAACGGGUGUCGCAUACACCCGGCUAGUAAGUCCAAAGAUAAGACUGAAGGUAACCAAAAGCUUAAGUCAAGUGAUGUCGUGACCAACCAUAGGUUGGUCACAUGGCGUGUCGUGGAUGGACAAAUCGGAUUAAAUUUUUCCGGAUUGUCUGCCACGGGACUUUUAGAUAAAUUAUCUAGCGAUUACUAA